AUGGGUAUCUUCUCAUAUGUACGGAGUAUUUAUGCUCUAGAUACCAUCGAUACACGAUUCACGAAUCCUUCCUCGACUCCAUACCAAAUCGAUCCUGCUUCUGCAAAGUCAAAACGAGACGAUUCGAAAUCAGGUGAAGGGGUACGGACAGACAGUAAUGGCAGACCAAUUGCUCAACCGUCUAGAUGGAGAACCCCAGAAUUCUAUUUCUAUUAUUUGGUUUUCUUGGUAGUUGUGCCAUACAUGUUUUGGAUCGCCUAUGAUGUAUCUAGACCUUCCGACCCGAAUUACCAUAAAUACAAGCACCUUCUUUCCGACGGCUGGGUUCCUGGACGCAAGAUUGAUAUUUCGGAUGCACAGUAUUAUAACUUUCGAACCAAUGUGCCCUAUCUUGCGAUUCUCGUCAUUUUCCAUCCUAUCCUUCGACGCAUAUAUGAAUCGCUCAAACCUAUCCCUGAUCGAGUGGGAUCGCCGAAAUCCAAUGGCAACAAUACAUACAUAUCUGUGGCCGACGGUAAUGCGAGGCUUCAACAACGAGCCGGAUUUGAUUUCAUUUUUGCAUUCAUAUACCUCUUGGCCUUGCAUGGCUUUUCGGCUUUCAAAGUCAUCGUAAUAGUCUACGCGAACUACUGUCUGGCAACCCGUCUUCCUCGAAAGUUUAUUCCCGUCGCAACAUGGGUUUUCAAUAUUGGUAUAUUGUUUGCAAACGAGAUCUCCGAUGGAUACAGGUUUGCAUCAAUGGCACAAUAUAUCUCUCCUAAGAAUGAAGCUGGUAUUCAAAAUGGAGCUUUGUUGCAUAGCUGGGCACAGUGGAUGGAUAGCUAUUCGGGUAUCAUUCCACGAUGGGAGAUUCUGUUUAAUCUUACUGUGUUGAGAUUGAUCAGUUUCAAUUUGGAUUAUUACUGGAGUCUAGAGAAAGGAGCUGGAAGUGCAUUGGAGAAGAAACAACUCGAUCCUACCAAUCUUUCCGAACGAGAUCGCGUUUCAAUGCCUGCACCGGAAAAGGACUAUAAUUAUCGAAACUACUUCGCAUAUGCGAUUUAUGCCCCUUUAUAUUUAGCAGGACCAAUUUUCACAUUCAAUGAUUACGUUUCCCAGUCGAAAUAUCGCCCUGCUAGCAUAGACAAUAAACGAACCUUUAAGUAUGGUAUUCGUUUCCUGCUCUGUCUGUUGGCAAUCGAACUUCUCCUACAUUUCGACUACUGUGUGGCCAUCUCCAAAGGCAACCCCAACUGGUCUGAUUACACUCCCGCUCAAUUAAGUUUACUCUCAUACUUCAAUCUCCAUGUAUUAUGGUUGAAGCUUCUCCUACCUUGGCGAUUUUUUAGACUUUGGUCUCUCAUUGAUGGGAUUGAUCCUCCGGAAAAUAUGCUUCGCUGCCUUUCCGAUAACCCAUCUACUGUUCAAUUCUGGCGAAGCUGGCAUCGCAGUUAUAACCGCUGGAUCAUACGCUACAUUUAUAUCCCAAUGGGAGGUUCAUCUUCACAGAAUUGGAAAGCACAAAUCCGAUCGAUUGUCAACUAUCUCGUGGUUUUCACAUUUGUAGCAUUAUGGCAUGAUAUAAGCCUUAACUUGCUCGUAUGGGGUUGGCUAAUCGUUUUCUUUAUGUUACCGGAAGUUAUUGCUGGCAUGCUCUUCCCACGAAAGAAAUGGCUCAAUGAUCUUACAUACUACAGAGUCGUCUGUGGUUUCGGUGCGGUGGCGAAUCUGAUGUUUAUGAUGAUAGCAAACUUGGUAGGGUUUGCUGUUGGAGUCGAUGGGUUAAAGAGCAUUAUUUCGGGCAUUUUUAAGGACUUUUCAGGGAUUGUUUUUCUGGUUACGGCCUGGUCGGCACUUUUCGUCGGUUGUCAGGUUAUGUUUGAAGUGAGGGAGAGUGAACAUAGAAAAGGCAUUUUCUUAAGAUGUUAG